AUGAAGUCGCCGGAGGAGGAGGACCAUCUCCGUCUCUCCUUGCACCUCAUCGCCUCCAUCUCAGAGGCCGUCGGCAAGGUGCGCUUCUUCAAGGGGCGAUGGUGCGCCAUCGCCGCCAAGCUCGAUCGCCUCCGUGCGGUGCUCGACGACCUCUCCGGCCCCCCGAACCUCUCCUCCAACCCCCUCUCCGCGGACUUCCUGACCUCCCUGUCGAAGACACUUGCUGCCGCCCUGUCCCUCUCCCGGCAGUGCCUCUCCGAGGAUCUCCCCGCCGGCAAGCUCCACACGCAGAGCGACAUCGCCGCCACCGCCGCCGCCCUGGACCGCCACGUCGCCGACGCAGAUAUCCUCCACAAGACUGGCGUCCUGCUGGAGCCGCCGCCGCCGCGAGCGGCGGAGGAGGACGCUGUCCCCCAACAGGGCUCUUGGCGAGAAAUGGUCCGCGUGGAGGCCCGGAACCUGAUAACCCGGCUCCAGAUCGGCGCCGCCGCCUCCAAGAACGCCGCCCUAGAGGAGCUCACCGGACUCCUUCAAGAGGACGACAAGAACGUCCUGAUCGCCGCUGCCCAGGGCGUGGUCCCGGCCCUGGUCCGCCUCCUGGAUUCUCCCUGCCAGCAGACGAGGGAAAAGGCAGUGGCGGCGAUAUCCAGGGUUUCCUCCGUCGAGAGCUGUCGCCACGUCCUGGUGGCGGAGGGGGUCCCUCUUCUGAACCACCUCUCCCGACUGCUCGAAUCCGGCAGCAGCUUCGCCAAGGAGAAGUCUUGCGUCGCCCUGCAGACCCUCACCCUCGCAAAGGACAACGCUCGGGCCUUCGGUUGCAGGGGCGGCAUCUUCCCGCUCCUCGGGAUCUGCCAGGCGGGAACCCCCUCGUCGCAGGCCGCCGCCGUCGGAGUCUUGAAGAACCUCGCCGCCGUCGACGAGAUCCGACCGGCCUUCGCCGAGGAGAACGCGGUCCCCGUUCUGCUGAGCCUGUGCUCAUCGGGCACGGCGGUGGCCCAGGAGAACUCCAUCGCCUGCCUUCGGAAUCUGUCCGCCGGAGAUGGUCAAGACUGGAAGAUCUUCAUCUUCAAGGAAGGCGGGGUGGAGUGCCUCAAGAACUACUGGGACGGCGAAGAUGGCCGGAAUCUCGAGCCCGCGGCGGGGCUUCUGUGUAGCCUCGCCUCCUGCAGGUACAUAGCCGAGUAUCUCGUGGCGGAGGGGUUCCUGCCGCGCGUGGCAGCGGCUUUGGGCAGCGGCAGCGCCACCAUCAGGACGGAAGCCAUGAGGGCGAUCUGCGCGCUGUCUUACGGCAGCAGGGUGGGGAAGGAGAUGGGCGAAGUCGGCUGCAUUCCUCCGCUGGUGAGGUCGCUGGAGGCGAAGAGCUCGGAGGAGAAGGAGGCGGCGGCAAGGGCGCUGGUCUCGCUCCUGACGGUCUCCGAGAACCGGAGGAUCUUCAAGAAGGAGGAGAGGGGCAUCCCGAGCGCCGUCCAGCUCCUCGAUCCAGUUCUUCCCAAUGUGGACAAGAAGGUCACAGUGGAGCUGCUGGCGUCGCUUUCCCACUCGAGCAAGUGCAGGAAGAGGAUGGUGGAGGCAGGGGCAUGCGGGUUUCUGCAGAGGCUCUUGGAGAUGGAGGUGGACGGGGCGAAGAAGCUCCUGGAGGUCCUGGGGAAGGGGAAGAUCUGGGGAGUCCUCCCUCGGACGUGA